UUGAACGAGAUAUCGGCAUUGUGCUUUACGGUGCUCCGCGUUAUGUUUUCGCAAGGAUAGCACCUACGCCGUAUGGCAGCGCGGGAGAACGCCAUGGCUGACGAUACACGGGCGUCGUCCGACGAAAUGGACGAACAGCGGAAGGACCAGCUCGCCUAUCAGUACCUGUGUCACUUGGAAGAAACGCGUCUCUGGCUUUCGGCAUGCAUUAACGAGGAUUUGCCUAGCCCGACUGAACUGGAGGAAUCCCUGCGCAAUGGAGUUUACCUCGCGAAGGUGGCCCACUUUUUUGCACCGGAUGUGGUACCGCUGAAAAAAGUGUACGACAUCGACCAGAGUGUGUACCGCGAGCGGGGCUUGAACCUUCGCCACACUGACAACAUAAACUACUGGCUCGAAGCCAUGAAAUCUGUGGGGCUCCCGGAAUAUUUUUUCCCCGACGCUGUCGACCUGUACGAGAAACGGAACUUGCCCAAGGUUAUCUACUGCCUCCACGCCCUAAGUCUGCUUCUCUUUAAACUGGGCAGAGCGCCGAAGAUAGAAGAUCUCGUCGGCAAAAUCACUUUCUCCACGGCAGAGAUUGACCAAGUGCGGCAAACGCUCGAAGAGUACGGCAUCGAACUGCCGACUUUCAGUAAGAUCGGCGGCAUUUUGACGAAAGAGAUGUCCGUCGAUGACGCCGCCCUUCACGUUGCCGUGAUUCUGAUCAACAAGACAGUAGACGAAGGCGACCCGAACGAAACCCUCGAAGCCCUGCGACAGCCUACAGCUGAACUUCAGGCGGUUCGUGAGCAGAACGCCGAGCGGUACCAAGAUGUCUUGCGCACUGCCAAGGCUGUUAAAGUAGAGAAUCACCUCAACAGGUCUCACGAGGUAAGCUACGUGCCUGAUGUUUACGACCAAAUGCUGAACCAGGCUGAGAUUCAGGGCUAUGUUUUCGAGACGAACAUGAACGUUUUACUCGAGAAACUCGACGAAGCGAUCGAUGCCAACGACUUGGAAGCAUUCCGAGAUGUCGUGACGUCGCCGGACUUAAAUGUCGGUGAUGUUGUGCCCGAAAAUGUGCCUGCGUAUUUGAGAGUGCUGAAUAGCAUCAAGGCUGAUGCGCAUGAGAAUAACAACUCGUUCAUACUGUCGAGAAGCGACAUCCAGUUCGCCAUCGCGGCUGCUAAUGAGAAAGUAGACCAGGAAAACAAUAUAGAGAAAGCGGUGUUGGAUAUCAAUGCGUGCUUGCAGUCUGACAACGCUGACGCUACAUUUGACAUCCUAAAACAGCCCACAUCAAUGUUGCCAGAAGUGUACCCUCUCGCAAAGUCUCUCUACCACAAGGAACUCUCUGCAAUCCGCAGGGAGGCUGAACACGAUCUCGACCACAGCGAAUUGACCAGUGCGAUACGUAUUCUGAACGCUAUAGCGGAAGUGAACAUUGCACUAAAAACAAAGGGCUCAGGCAGCGUAGUUGAAUCGUUGAGAAAGCCGGACGCGCAUAUCGCUCACGUUGACAACAGCCGUUCGAGCCGGUAUGCUGGUACGCUGCUGCAGGAUUUAGCCGAAAAAUCCAAGCGGUGCUCCAACUUUGAAUUUUUAACACACGCGGAGAUCCAGGACUGCGUCAACGCCGUCAACUCUCGGGCGAUGGAAGAACACGACAGAAACAAAGCUGUGGAGCAGAUAAACUCCGCGAUUCACUCCGGGAAUUUCACGAAAACUGUGGAUGCCCUGCUCAACAAAGCAGCGAUGAUCCUCUGCGUCGACAAAGAGCAGGCUGUUGUUUACCAACAUUUUCUGUCAGCGAAGCAGGCGUCUGUCAACGAUGCACCGCUCUCUGUCGAUGAAAUACAGCACGAGGUUAACUCGGCUAACAGUAUUGCUGCCAAGAGCAACUGCAUAUGCAUCAGCCUCGCCACCGUUCACAUGGGCGUCGUCCACAACAGUGCCGAGGAUGUCUUGAGCGGUCUCAAUUCGUUGGAGGAAUGCAAAGUCAUCCCGGGACUUAAGCAACGCUACUUAGAAGAGCUACAGAACAUGCACAAGCAGGACCACGACCCAUCUGAGCCACUCGAGUGGUUCAGUCACGAAAUUAAACCCGGCCUCCACUUCAACUUCAACCUCGUCACGCUUCAGAGCGAGUGGUCCGACGAACCGUACAGCGUUCCCGACCCGUACAUCAGCGUGGCGAAACUGCAGAACGUGGUUGCGCGGCUGAACGAAAAAUUCAUCUCAAACGAGUUCCUGCCGCUGUGGGUGGAGCUUCAAGCGCGGAUACGAGGCUACCUGGUGCGGCUUGACGCGGACGAACAGCUGAAGGCUUGUCUUCUGAACGCCCGCGACGUGGUGAUCGUUCCAAAGACGGAAGCGCCACUCCUCCAGGAGAAGCCCAAGGAAGUCGAAGACCCGUUCUUGGUGAAGUUGCAGGCUCGUAUCCGCGGAUUCCUGUCGAGGAGGAGGCUGCACGUCUCGGUCUGCCACCCGGAGUUCGAUGAACUGUACGGUAACUUGCUGAGUCAGGCGCAGCUCCCGUUGAUACGAGAGUUCUUGCACAUGCUCGAGGUCAGCGACCACGAUUUCUCGGAAGAACAGGAGCUUCAGAAGGUGAAGGCUGCGGUCGUUGCAGCGAUCCGACAUAAUCGCAGUCUCGAGAAAGAUGUCGACUCCAUGGACGUUAAAAUUGGACUUCUCGUUCGCAACUGCAUCACUCUGGAACAAGUGAUGCACCAUAGCGGAAAGAAGGCCAAGGUCGACGCUCGACGCUAUCAGUCGAGUUGGUUGAAAACGACAAAGAGCCUUACGUCGCUGAGCAAGGAGAGUCGUGAAAAGCUCGCUGCGUACCAGAACCUUUUCUAUCUCCUCCAGACGAACCCUACGUAUCUGGCAAAGUUGAUAUUUGCGAUGCCAUCGAAUCGCUCGAACAAGUUUGUCGAAUCGGUCAUCUACUCCAUCUACAACUAUGGCUCAACGCCACGCGAGGAAUGUCUGUUGUUGAAGCUGUUUCAGUCUGCGCUCGAAGAAGAAGUUCGACUAAAAGUCCGCAGUCCCGCCGAUGUUUUGACGGGAUAUCCGACAGUAUUGAAAAUGGUGGUAGAAUUCUAUAGAACAGCACGAGGACAGAGCUGCUUGAAGGAGCUCCUCGAACCUCUAGUAAAAAGUGUCAUCGACAACGAGGAACUCAACAUCGACUUGUCACCCGUCGAUAUCUACAAGCAGUGGAUCAACGAGACGGAGACCAGUACAGGGAGUCCGAGCGGCAUGCCGUACGACGUUUCUCCGGAAGAGGCAAUUCAGCAUCCGGAAGUCCAGAAGCGACUCAGCGAGUCCGUCAUACAACUCGAAAAAGUUGCCGGCGACUUUUGCAGCACGAUAGUGCAUUCUAACGAGAAAGUGCCGUACGGUAUGCGCUACAUUGCGAGGGUGUUACGCAGUGCUCUGCGGAUAAAGUUUCCCAACGCCACCGAUUUGGAACUGUUGAAAGUUGUCGGAAAUGUACUGUACUACCGUUAUAUCAACUCCGCGAUCGUUGCGCCGGACACGUUCGACAUCAUUCAACUCGGUCCCGGAGCGUCGUUGACGAUGAAACAGAGGAAGCACUUGGGCCUCGUCGCACGAGUCCUACAAUGCGCGGCGUCUGGAAAGACCUACGAGAACGAUGAUAAACACUUCAGCCGGCUCACCACUCUGACCCAGUCGUGCAACCUACUCUUCCAGCGUUUCUUCCAAGAAGCCUGCGACGUAGAAAGUCCAGAAGAACACUUCAACGUCGACAGCUACACGGAGGCAGCGAUGCUGAGUCCGCCGUUGAUCACGUUGACGCUGCAGGAGUUGCACGACAUGCAUCAACUUCUGCUAGAGCACCGAAGCGACGUCGCUCCGGAGCAGUACGACCCGUUGCAUCCUCUGCUGGACGACAUCGGAAAAGUUCCCAGCGAAGAAGAGCUGCUCGGAGGAGCGUUCCACGAGAUUCCGCCGCGAACGUUGGCGAACACGGAGAUCUGCCUCACUCUGGUUCGACGCUUCAAGGAGGACGAGGACAAGGCUCAGCAGCUUUACAGCGACGCUAAGCAGGCCAUCAUCGAGCUCAUCCGAGGACGUCCCACAGCGCUGACAAUCCGCGAGGUCAUUUAUCGACAGGUGACCAAUGAAGAGGAAGAACUAUACAGCGCUGCUCAUCCUUUGACGGCUAGCAAAGGGAAACUGGCAGACGUGCAACGAAAAACGUUGGUGACGUUAGAGGCGCUCACAAAGCUGGGCAGGAUACCUGCUAACUGUGACUUCCAGGAUUUGUUGAGGGACAUCGCUAGGGACAUUGCGCAGCAGAAGGAGUACCGCAGGUCACGGAAGGAAGAACUAGAUCGGCUACGCGACACCAAGAAGGAGCUCGACAGGAAGACUGCCUUCUGCGAGGAGAAGUUGAGUUACUACCAGCAGUACGUUGACAAAUGCCUCAAGAACUUGACCAAUCGGAAAGGGGGCAAGAAGACGCACGAUGGGACAAAGUUGAAACCUCCACUUAAGUACAACGGUGCACGCCUGCACGACAAAGGUGUCCUUCUCAGUGUUUCUGGACUGGAACCCUCUCAGCUGAAGAGCGCAGCGUUUGAGAUAAUCCAGACAGACCGAACGGGCAUCUUCACCGUCAAGGCCAAGUUCCAUGGGGUCCCCGUCGACACGGUCGACAUAGACAUCCAGGACCUGCUGCAGAAGCAAUACGACGGGGUGGCAGUCAUUGAUGUUUUCGGCAAGGCGCGUGUCAACGUCAACCUCCUGCUUUACCUUAUCAACCGCAAGUUCUACGGGAAAUAGUUGCGGUGCAACGAAAAAAUAAUAAUAAGACUGCAGUUCGUGCAGGGUGGGGGCGUGUGGGUGGUCAUCAGCUGGUGAAAAGCAGCAGUGUCUACCUUCUCGCAUUCUUUCGGUUCUCGUUGCGCAUUUUGUACGCGUUGCAUGUGCUUUCUCAUUGGAAGCGGGGUGGGUAUCAGGAAACCUGCACAACCUGCCUCGGGCAGAUUGUUUCAGCUUCAGGCCUUUUCCUUUCUACAGCAGGCUUGUGUCGUCGUUCUUCGUUUGGUCAGUUCAAUGUUAUCGUUUGAGUAAAUGUUUGUAUGGGCUUCUUUUAAGUUUCAUAGAGAGAUUGACACAGAGUAGCAUAUGUGCUCCUUUUCUUGUAUAAGGGGCAAAGCACAGUUUUUAACGUGUUUUUUGUUGUUGUUUUUCCUCUCUUGACAAAGUUAAUGUUUGCAUGAUAGUUACUUACUUCUGUAUUUCACACGGCUUGCAAGCUUCAACAUUGUGCGAGUUAUUUUGACAGAAUUAUCCACAUUUUUAGUACAUGUUAUAAUUGACUAAACCAGACUGCUACUAGCAUGCCUGAAUAACGUUUUUGUUAACCGUGCAUUUCUUUAUGGAAACAUCCUCAAUCAAGCAGAUGUACGUCUGCAGUUCUAUUAUGCAGACUGUCUACACUGCUAUCCAGCCCCAAACUUUCGGUCUGUAGUGUUAUGUGCAUUAUAGUCACCUGUAGCAUGAAAAAUACAAAAUUCUAGUUUUCGUGCAUAACCUCUGGAGCAACGAAAGUUUGGAACUGGGUGAAAAUGCACUUUUCACCAUAUCUGCUGCCCCCACAUGCUGCACGCGUACAUGUUGAAACGUUGUAAGAAUGUGCCACCGCGUGGUCCAUGCCGUUUUUCCAAGUAUGAUGUGGCGAACUGCAGUUCCUUGAUGGAAUGUUGGUAUCACUGCCUUAUUUAAGAGCAAUUUGGGAGAGCUACAAGCGAAGCCCUUAUUUUUUUAAAUUGUAUUUUAAACCUUGCGAGAAAACAAAAAAAUAUGCUGUUACCCCUUGUCGUUGUGGUGCCAAAGUAGCGGGACACCUUUAGUCGUAUCAGCUUAGUUCUGGGCAUUUUGUUAGGCGAUGUUGGCAAAGUCUGUUGUAUCUCUUAGGAAACCAAUCAAAUGCGUAAGACAGUACAAAUUUAUACGCUUUGACGACAUUCUUGUUGCCUCGUAUGGCAGUUAUCAUGGCGUGCUUUUCUACUAUGUUUCUUGCAUGAAACACUGCAAAACGACCGUCGUCCACAGCACUGACAAAACUUAAGGUUGUGUAAUCUACAUAUAUAUUUACUAGUAAUGUUGACGUAGCACCUUGCGCAGAGUGUACGUAUAUAUUCUAGAGAUGCUGUUUCAAGUGAACCCUGAAGGCUGUAGGUUUUGAAGUGUGACACUAACCACCAGUGCAUAUCAUAACACAAUGUUUUCAUGUAGCCCGCAACGUCACUUCGGAGUCUAAGCAGGCAAAAAAAAAACUGUUCCAGCUCUUCUUUUGAACCCUGCUAAAAAUGGCUUGAUCUACAAUAUCUCUUGUACAUACUCGCAUAUUGUCAUUUUCUUCUCGUGAGAACUCGAAAACACUAUUUUUUAAAUGGUUAAACUCGUUAUGACAAACACAUUCUUUUAAGGAUGCCACCGAGCUUGAUUUUUGUACCGUAUGCUCAAUAAAGGAGGAUUGCAAGUAAACGUAAUCCAAGUGUACUAC